GCUUUUGAAGACAUAUAUAUUGAACAGCGUAAAACUAUCAAGACCAUGCUGGAAUAUGCUGACAAGGUCUUCACUUACAUCUUCAUUCUGGAAAUGCUGUUGAAGUGGGUGGCCUAUGGCUAUCAAACAUACUUUACUAAUGCCUGGUGCUGGCUGGACUUCCUGAUUGUCGAUGUCUCUUUGGUUAGCUUAACAGCAAAUGCAUUGGGUUACUCUGAACUUGGUGCCAUUAAGUCCCUUAGGACACUAAGAGCUUUGAGACCUCUAAGAGCUUUGUCACGAUUUGAAGGCAUGAGGGUGGUUGUGAAUGCCCUUUUAGGAGCAAUUCCAUCCAUCAUGAACGUGCUUCUCGUUUGUCUUAUAUUCUGGCUAAUUUUCAGCAUCAUGGGAGUAAAUCUGUUUGCUGGGAAGUUCUACUACUGUGUUAACACCACAACUGAUGAAAGGUUUGAAGUCGACCAAAUCAACAAUUUUAGUCAGUGCGAGGAACUCAUAAAAAACAAUCAAAGUGCUCGAUGGAAAAACGUGAAAGUAAACUUUGAUAAUGUAGGAUUUGGGUAUCUAUCUUUACUUCAAGUAGCUACAUUUAAAGGCUGGAUGGAUAUUAUGUAUGCAGCUAUUGACUCAAGAGAUGUAUUACAACAACCCAAGUAUGAAGACAACCUGUAUAUGUAUUUGUAUUUUGUCAUCUUUAUCAUUUUUGGGUCUUUUUUCACCCUGAACCUGUUCAUUGGUGUCAUUAUUGAUAACUUCAAUCAGCAGAAAAAGAAGUUUGGAGGUCAAGACAUAUUUAUGACAGAAGAACAGAAGAAAUACUACAAUGCAAUGAAAAAGCUGGGAUCCAAAAAACCACAAAAACCUAUACCAAGACCAGGGAACAAAUUCCAAGGCAUGGUCUUUGAUUUUGUGACACAGCAAGUAUUCGACAUCAGCAUCAUGAUUCUUAUUUGUCUUAACAUGGUUACCAUGAUGGUAGAAACUGAUGACCAGAGUAAAGAAAUGGAAAAUAUUUUAUACUGGAUAAACCUGGUGUUCAUUGUUCUUUUCACUGGAGAAUGUGUCCUGAAAUUAAUUUCACUUCGUCAUUACUAUUUCACUAUAGGCUGGAACAUUUUUGAUUUUGUAGUCGUCAUUCUCUCAAUAGUAGGUAUGUUUUUAGCUGAGAUGAUUGAAAAGUAUUUUGUGUCCCCGACACUAUUCAGAGUCAUCCGACUUGCCAGAAUUGGCCGAAUCCUGCGUCUCAUUAAAGGCGCUAAGGGAAUCCGCACUCUGCUUUUUGCUUUGAUGAUGUCUCUUCCUGCUUUGUUCAACAUUGGUCUGCUGCUGUUCCUGGUCAUGUUUAUCUAUGCGAUAUUUGGUAUGUCCAACUUUGCCUAUGUUAAGAGGGAAGCUGGUAUAGAUGACAUGUUCAACUUUGAGACGUUUGGCAACAGCAUGAUCUGCCUGUUUCAAAUUACCACGUCUGCAGGCUGGGAUGGUUUGCUAGCCCCAAUUCUAAACAGUGGGGAGCCAGACUGUGACCCAAACAAAGCUCAUCCAGGGAGCUCUGUUAAAGGUGACUGUGGCAACCCUUCUGUUGGGAUUUUCUUCUUUGUCAGCUACAUUAUCAUAUCAUUUCUGGUAGUGGUGAACAUGUACAUUGCUGUGAUUUUGGAGAACUGCGGUGUUGCUACUGAAGAAAGCGCUGAACCCUUGAGCGAGGAUGACUUUGAGAUGUUCUAUGAAGUCUGGGAGAAGUUUGAUCCCGACGCAACACAAUUCAUGGAAUUUGAGAAAUUGUCUGAUUUUGCAGCAGCACUUGAGCCUCCUCUUCAUCUACCCAAACCAAACAAAGUCCAGCUUAUUGCAAUGGAUCUGCCCAUGGUAAGCGGUGACAGAAUUCACUGCCUUGACAUCUUGUUUGCUUUCACAAAGCGUGUUUUGGGGGAAAGUGGGGAGAUGGAUGCCCUCAGAAUACAGAUGGAAGAUCGGUUUAUGGCAUCCAAUCCUUCAAAAGCUUCCUAUGAACCAAUUACAACCACAUUAAAGAGAAAACAGGAGGAAGUAUCUGCUGUCAUUAUCCAGCGGGCUUAUAGACGUCACCUUUUAAAACGAACAGUAAAACAAGCUUCCUUUAUCUAUAACAAAAACAAAACUGAAGGAGGGGCUGGUCAGGGCAUAAAAGAUGAAAUCCUUAUUGACAAGUUAAACGAAAACUCGUUUACAGAGAAAACUGUAACCGCAUCAACAGCAGUUUGUCCACCUUCUUAUGACCGUGUAACAAGGCCAGUCAAAGAAAAGCACGAAAAGGAAGAUAAAGCUGGUCAGAAAUAAAAGCAAAUAACAAGCAAAAUCAUCUAUGUGCAAAAUAGUUCAUACCCUGUGAGGAUCAUGUGUUCGUGUCAACAGGACUCCUGCUGGAGGUCUAUGCCAAACUGACAAUUUUUACAAAUAUACUGUACAUUAAAGGUCAGUGCCUAUUAAAAGACAGUGGCUGUGACUGCGAUAUGGAGAAACAACCUUGACAGGAGGUUACUGUUCUCACUACCAGCUGACACUGCUGAAGAGGAGAGAAAAAUGGCUACUCAGACUGUAGGGACCAGUUAAGGGGUGCAAACCAAGUAUUUGUGUGUUUAACAUAAAACAAUAUGGUAACUGUAUCCACUGUUUGCAUUUCAACUGCCACAUACGUCGUAUUUUUACAAAAUCUGUGUUGGUGGAUUCAUCUUAUUUUUAUUCAUAUAUUGUUUAUGAUAUGUGACUAUUUUUGUAAAUGGGGCUUCUGUUGGGAAAGGGGAUUAAGUACACCGUUACAGGUACAAGGGCCAGGUGUUCUAUUAUAUGACUAAUAUACACGCAGAAACGAUUUGCAUGAAGGCAUGCUGCACUUAUAGAUCAUGCAUGAAAAUAACAUUAAGCCACAAAGAACAACAGAUUUUUUUUAGCACAGUGUUUCUGGGAAGGAAUUGAUAGAUUUUGAGGUGCUUAAUUAAUGGACUCAUGUUGUAUCACAUCCAAACAAAUCUUGGUAUGCCUGUAAAAUCCCCUAUAACUCACAAGAACAGUAGA